AUGGAAAGAUUUACCUCAAGAUUAAUGGUCAUUAACAAAGGCUUAGGCCAAGUUCGUCAGUUUGCAGCCGAAAAACUUGGAACAGCCGAGGAUGUAACAGAGCUUCCACAAGAGUAUCAAGAACUUGAAAAGCGUGUAGAUGCACUUCGUACUGUUCACGCCAAUUUACUUCGAGUUACUCGAAUUCACACAAAUCCCUCUUAUGAUUAUCCCGGACAACUUCAAGAAUCAGUCGUUGAACUAUCACGAAACGUUCAAGAUCAAUUAAAAAUUUUAACGCAAAGUCCUGCAGAACGCGCAGCAGAAACAGAAUCUCAACAAGCAGAGUCUUCUACUCCAAUCCUCCCAAAAACUUUACCUCAUGCUCUAUCACGUGCUUCAGCUCAAGGAGCUGUAUUAUUGGGCACAGAAGAUCCAUUUGGUGCCGCGCUACUUAAAUACGCGGCUGUACAAGAAAAAAUUGGCGAGCAUCGCGUAAAAAUGGACGCGGAAAUAUCUCAAAAAUUUGUUCAACGAUUCAGCACUACAUUGAAUACUGAAAUUCAAUUUGCAAUGAAGGCAAGAAGAAAUGUUCAGUCUACGCGUCUGACUUUAGAUGCUGCCAAAGCGAGAUAUAAAUCAACAAAGACAGAGAGAUCGGAAGCUGCGAGAUUAGAAAUUGAGCAGGCUGAAGAUCAGUUUGUGGCUGCGGUUGAGGAUGCUACGACGCUAAUGAAAUCUAUCUUGGAAAAGCCGGAACCUUUGCGUAAUCUCGCCGACUUGGUGAGUGCUCAGUUGGGUUUUUAUAAGGAAGCCUAUGAAAGUCUUGCUGAACUUGCGCCAGAAAUUGAUGAGAUGCAAGUAACACAAGAAACGUUAUACAG